UGUGGCUUGCACAUCGAUACACAACAUUGUAGAACAAGUCUCCAAAAAUAUCGUCCAAGGUGCUCCCCAUAUGAUGGGGAGUGCAGUUAGUGCUGCAAAUGCUUCGAAGCAUUUUUUGAUUGGUCAAGUGAAAAAAUUCUUUGUUUUGAUUGGUCAGUCAAACAUUUCAAAGCAUUGUAACGUUAAAAGAAUCGUAUCUUUUAUUUAAGGAAUUUUAGUUGGAGGGGAAAACCAAUAUGUUGAACAGUUUGAAUUCAAAGCAGUGUCACGUGCUUUGAAACGGAAGUAUUACUAUUUUCUAAUAUAUAAUUUGGGGAAAAAAGCAUUACUCACAAACAAAACAACUUCAGGAUUUGUUUUUUUAGGAAUUAACAACGGUUCUUGUAUUUAGUUAAAAUAAGACAAAUAGGGCCAGAUGGAUAACCUGGAAGAGAUAAUUGACAAUCAAGUCAAGAAAUUGCAGGAAUUGGAUGAGGCCACAUUAUUGAUAAAAGGUAAACAAAAUAUAAAGGAUGAACUUCAAAGAAUGCAUGAAGAAAUGUUGCAACUCUCAUAUAGUGUUGAGAAAAUGAGAAAACUUUUAAAAAGGAUGAAUGAACAGAAUUUUCAUUUAAAGGAAACAUUAGUGUUGAUCGAAACAUUGGAUAAAAGGAUUCUUCAUCAAGAAGAAAAUGUUCCACCAGAGCUUAUUCAAAGUUACCAAAACUCAAUCAUUCUCAUUCCUAAUACAUCGGAGAGUACUGUAAACUCAAUACAUCAACUGACAACACAAAGUAUAUCUAGCAACAUUCAUAAUACCAGCAAAAUAGAAAAGCAAGAUGUAAUGAAAGAUUGUAAAAGGACACUUUUUAAUGAACCAGAAGUGUGUCCAACCAUACCAUUUAUAACCACAGAAGAAUUUAACAAAGUGCCUAAGUAUAUUAUUGGGAGGCAAACCUUGGAUACAAUUAAUAAUUUGAUAGGAGCCAUAAAUCAGACACUAAUUGCAAAGUAUACAAUUUUAUCUUUAGGAAAAGUUGCUGCUCAGAAAAAGGGUGAAAUUAAUUUAUAUUUACACUAUAAGAAACAAGAGUUUGAUAUAAGAGAAGAAAAUGGAUACCUCUAUUUUUUUACAGCUGAAGAUUAUUAUAGACAAACGAAAACAAAGAUUGAUAAGACCAAGUUGAACUUAAUAACUGCAUUGCGCCAUUGCAAACGUUUACGGGAGUGUAGGAUAAAAAAUGAAUUGCGAUAUAUUAUAACACCACAUUAAUUUAAGUUAAUGUAUGAUCCUUUUUGUUAUGGAUUUUUAAUAUAGCUUUAUCAUAAUAAAAAUAUAUUCUAUCAUUGAUGUUACUAACACUAAGUCAGAAUCUUAGAAUGAAUAUAAAAUAUAUAAGAUAUGCUA